AUGAAGACGUCAGCUGAUCCCGAAAUCGAUAGGAUUGGUCGAUUACUGAACGACAGCAAUCAACCACUUUGUGGGCGAUUUCGAGCACUUUUUAUUUUGCGGAAUCUCAGAUGUGACCGUUCAGUGGAGUGGAUUGGACGAUGUUUUGAUGAUCCAUCCGCUCUUUUGAAACAUGAAUUAGCUUACUGUCUUGGACAGACACAAAAUCAAACAGCUGUACCUAUUCUUGAAUCUGUGCUUCAAGAUGAAAAUCAAGAGGUAAUUGUACGCCAUGAAGCGGGUGAAGCGCUGGGAGCAAUUGGUUCUUGCUCUUCUGCAGCUAUCCUUGCGAAUUAUAUUAAUGAUGAAUCACAGACUAUUGCAGAAACAUGCAGGUUAGCCUUGCAAAGGAUAACAUGGCUUCAAGAAAAUAAAUAUGAUCAUAAAGCAGAUGAGAAAGAAAGACCGUACAAUUCAAUAGAUCCAGCUCCUGCCUCAGCUGAAACGAAUAUUGAUAAGCUUUCUUCGAUUUUAACAGAUACAACAAAGUCAUUAUGGGAACGGUAUCAAGCUCUCUUCAGUCUUCGAAAUAUCAGCACAGAUGAAUCUAUAAAAACACUUGCAAAAGGACUGACUUGUAGCGACAGCGCAUUACUCCGGCAUGAAGUUGCUUAUGCCUUAGGUCAAGCACAAUCGCCGAUAGCUAUUGCAGAAUUGAAACACUCUCUGGAGAAUGAAAAAGAAAAUUGUAUGGUUCGACAUGAAUGUGCUGAAGCUUUGGGAGCAAUAGCGACAGAAGAGUGCGAAGAAGUAUUAAAGAAGUUUCGAAACGAUCCCGAACGUAUUGUGCGAGAAAGUUGCGAAGUGGCGCUUGAUAUGGCAGAAUAUGAAAGUAGUGGUCAAUUCCAAUAUGCGUUAAUCAAUUUUUGA